CAAUACCACUAGAAUGUUCUCAUAAAUCUUCUCCCCCGUUAUAUUAAACCCUUCCACCCCACUACACUGUUCGACAAAACCUUCAAUCACUCAGUCAGAUCGGACUUUGCUCCUCCUCUCAUUCCUCAAAAAUCAUGGCCAAGGUUAAGAUUGGAAUUAACGGAUUUGGAAGAAUUGGCCGAUUGGUGGCCCGGGUUGCUCUCCAAAGAGAUGAUGUUGAGCUUGUCGCAGUUAACGACCCCUUCAUCUCAGUUGAAUACAUGACAUAUAUGUUCAAGUAUGAUAGUGUACACGGCCAGUGGAAGCACCACGAGCUCAAGGUUAAGGAUGACAAGACCCUUCUCUUUGGUGAGAAGGCUGUUACUGUUUUUGGCUUUAGGAACCCAGAGGAGAUUCCAUGGGGCGAGACUGGAGCAGAUUACAUAGUGGAGUCGACUGGUGUCUUCACUGACAAGGACAAGGCUGCUGCUCACUUGAAGGGUGGUGCCAAGAAAGUCAUCAUUUCUGCCCCUAGCAAGGAUGCUCCUAUGUUUGUUGUCGGUGUCAAUGAGAAGGAAUACAAGCCUGAGCUCAACAUUGUUUCAAAUGCUAGCUGUACCACAAAUUGCCUUGCUCCCUUGGCAAAGGUCAUAAAUGACAGAUUUGGAAUUGUUGAGGGUCUCAUGACCACAGUGCACUCAAUCACAGCCACCCAGAAAACUGUUGAUGGGCCAUCAGCCAAGGACUGGAGGGGUGGAAGAGCUGCAUCAUUCAAUAUUAUUCCCAGCAGUACUGGAGCUGCCAAGGCUGUCGGGAAAGUUCUACCAGCACUGAAUGGGAAGUUAACCGGAAUGGCUUUCCGAGUCCCAACUGUUGAUGUGUCCGUGGUUGACCUCACAGUGAGGCUGGAGAAAGAAGCUACCUAUGACGAAAUCAAGGCUGCCAUUAAGGAGGAGUCUGAAGGAAAAUUGAAGGGAAUUCUAGGUUACACUGAAGAUGAUGUGGUAUCCACAGACUUCGUUGGAGACAAUAGAUCAAGCAUAUUUGAUGCCAAGGCUGGAAUUGCUUUGAGCAAGAACUUUGUCAAGCUCGUUUCGUGGUAUGACAACGAAUGGGGUUACAGCACACGAGUGGUGGACUUGAUUAAGCACAUGGCAUCAGUUCAGUAAAAGUGGCAGUUUACUCAUUGGUGGCCAAGUGUAGUGGUGCUGCUGGUGAGGAGUCUGUUUCGUUUUACUAGAUAAAGCAGUUUAGAAUAAAGUACUCACUCGGACUGCAAGUGAGCGGCUCUUGGAUGUGAUUUAGGGAUAUGUGCACUCUUGGAUAUGGUUUGUCAUCAAUUCGGUUGUAGACUUCCCUACAUUCCGACAUCGAGUCUUUGUGAUUCUGGAUAGUUUCUUGUUUUUGUAUGUUAUGAAUGUAUAAUAAGAUUGGACCUUGCUUAGCGCUC